AAUCAAAAUUUGCUUUUAUUUUUCUAAUUAGCUCUCAAGUGGACAAAAUCAUCGUUGAAUAAUUUACAUGAUUAUUAAAUGAAUAAAAAGAUAAAUCUAGAUUUAAAUAUAGUUGUGAGUGGGUAAGGUUAUUAAUUUAUUAUGUUUAGGUAGAAUUUUGAAUGUUUUAUGAAUUUUAAGCACUUGUUUAUUUAUUUUAAGGAUUCGAAUGAGUUAAAGAAUGAAGCAAGUACAAGUACUGCUUAUAAAGAUUUAAAAUAAGAUAGAUUUAAUAAUUGUUAAUAAUUUUUCUUUCAAUUAUAAGUUAUUCAUUAUCUUCAUUAAUAAGCAGAAAUUAUUUUUUUCAAGAUAUUUCUCUCCUUGUUAUAUAAGAAUAGCUUACAUUAUUACUUAAAGUUAACUUAUUUUAUGCCCGUUUUUAUGUUUGAAGAUGUGAGAUUAAAGAAUAAAAAAUUUUAUAUGCGAUAAAAGAAAUUCCAUAAAACUUACUAUCAACCCAAAAUUAACAAAAAUUCUUAAAGGUGGAAUUUUUAUGAGCAUUCUUUUUGAUUUGUUGAUAAUAAUAAAACAACAACAUUCAUACUCAUUCCUAAAAUAGGUAUUUUGUAAUAUCUGAAACAAAAAUUAACGUUUAAAACAUAUUCUUAAUAUUGCGUUACUUUUUACAAACUGAAAUUUGUUUUUCCGAGAUGAAACUAUAAUAAGGUUUUUAAAACAGCAAAACGAAACAUUUGCUUGUAAGCUUUAAGCUUAGUUAUUUUGUUGAUGGAAUAAUGAUAAUUAUUAUUGGUAGUGAAUGGCAACGGCGAAUUAUUAAGUGACAGAGGUAGUGGCGCAUGGAAUAGAAUAAUAAUAGUCACCAGGUAUCUGGCAUUGCCAAUAGUAUAUCAGAAAAUAACAACUUAUAUGAAACAAAAUAGAUGACAGUGAAUUCUAUUAAGACCAACAAUGUUGAAAAAAGCUGUUAGAAAUUGCUUGUAAAUUGGAUAAUAUCUUAUAAUGAAUUAAAGUGAUGAUAAUGAAUUGGAUUAAUAACAGCUAAUAUUGACUAUUUUGAUGAUAGUGAUUUGUACUGAGACUAGUUGCAAGAAACUGAUCACAAAUUGGAUAGUAAUAAUUAAUAGGGAAUAUAUUGAUGAUAAAUUGGAACAGUGACAAUAAGGAGUGAAAAUUUUGGUAAGCCAGCUUGUGUUAAACAGUAAUGAACUAAUUGCUAGAAAGUAAUAAUGAGAGCAGAUAGUGAUAAAUAAAUUACGGAAAAGUGAUAAUGACUGAAAAGAAAUAGAUAAAAAGUGACUUUUUAAUUAAUAAGGUACUCAUUAAAAAGCGAAUCCACAAAUUUUUAAUUAAGUAACAUUUAUUUUCUCUAAAAAAAAAAAUUAUUUAUUACAAUGUCUUUAGAUAGAAAGAAAUUAAAAUUAUCAACAGAUGAGAAUAAUAAACCUCACUCAUUAGAUGAGCCAUCUAUUAGAUUCGAACCUAACAAAAACUUCUUGUCGUUAUCACCGGAAAAUUUAAAUUUGAACCGGUCGUGCCAGAAUUUGAACAGAUCAAGUCAACACUUGAACAAGAUCUCAAAUCACCACCACCAUCACCAUGGUGGAAAGCGUAACGAACUUGUUACUAGGACAUCUACUGAAAGCAAAGACACUGAUUCAUCGUCUGGAUCCAAGAAACAUGGACAUAGGUCUAAGUCUCCGAAUCGCUCCAAAAAGUCGCCAACUCGAUCAAAGCGUAACCAAGGCAACAACUCGCCCAGUUCCAAAUCACGCCAUUCCCAUAAAGAUACAGAAUCCCAGAAAUCGUCGCACCACUCUUCCGGAGAGGGUCACGAAAAAAGGAAAAGGAGGCGGCGAAAAAGAGAUUUGGAGGAAGGAUUCGAAAGCUUAGAGGUAGUAGAAGAACGCAGCAAAGCGACGUGCGUCGUGGUUGCCAUCAGUUCUACCAUCAUCCUAUUGGCCGUGUCACUUGUGAUAGUGACUCUGUACUUAACGCCUCAUUUCGAUGACUUUGAAAGAGGUUACUACUGUUGCAACAAUACCGUGGAUCCCCAUAACAAUCCACCAAAACAUUGAUGGCUGAAUUAUAUAAUAAAUUAAAUAUAUUAUUGAACUGUGAUGAAAAUUAUAAUUGAUGUAUAUUAAUGAAUUGAUUCUAGGAGCUUAUUAUAAUUAUUCAUUCAAAAAAAAAAUUGCGACAGC